AUGUUGAGUCAAAGUUCCGGGUCAGAUCCAAAUUCGAGUCGGAUUUGGGGUCCUCUUUGCUGCAAUUGUGGUAGAGCUACGACGCUUGUAAAGUCUUUGACAAAUGAGAAUCCGGGUAGAAGAUUCUUCAAGUGUGUUGUUCAUGGUUUUGCAAAGUGGGCAGAUGAAGAAAAGCCAUACGGUUGGCAGAAGGUGAGUUUACUGGAGGCUAAAGAUGAGAUGAAGGUAUUGAAAGAAUCUCUGAAGGCAAUGAAUGUGAGUGGUUCCACUGCUCUCUCCCAUGAUUUAGUGAACAAACCCGAGGAAGAGAAGAAGAAGGUUGAAAUUGAAGAGAACAAGAAGCUUGAAAGUGAAGUGAUGGCUGCUAAUGAGAGGGAAAAAAUGCUUAGGCAGUUUAUCUUAUUGUCUUGGGGAGGUUUCAUUGUUGUAAUUGCCAUGAUCCUUGUAAUGGCAAAGAUUUAG